AUGCAUCCCAUAUCCAUCUUGGUAACACUCCUAGUUGCCUGCGCUUCCGCGACGGCGCAAGAUCGACCUUCCACUCCCCUUCCAACCCCAACGGCCAUCAGGUACUCAACUCAGACUACAACUAUCAUUCCUACCCCCAAGCUGGCCUUGUCUCCGACCUCCCUCGUCACGGUUACAAUCACAAAUUGGACGACAACCGUCGUGACAGUCACGGACAUCGACACUGUCAUCGAGACCGUGACGCAAUGGGUCCCGCCGCCGACGUCCACAUCCACGGUUCGUUUGACAACAUCAACAAGCUCCGCGACAUCGCGGUCGACGACGCAGGCUCCGGUGCCUGAGCCGACGCAGACAAAGUAUGGACAGUGUGGCGGGUCGGGAUAUACCGGCGCGACGAAGUGCGCGGCUGGGUCGAGCUGUUCUGCGGUCUCGCCGCCUUGGUAUUAUCAGUGUUUGUAG